AUGGGAAGUGGGGCUACAAAAGAGAAAUAAGAUGAAAUAAAUUAGACAGAACAACAUUAAUCAUCGUUAACAUGUAUUUUGGUUUAUUGAUUUUCUUAGCAAUUGGAAAAGCUGAAGGUUCUCCACAAAUGUUUACCUUUAAAAAUAACUCCUAAUUAAGCAAAGGUACAUUCCCCCUUAUAAAAUAGCCUUUGGACUCUUAAAGAAACAAUAAUAUAAUGAAGCACUUGAGACAUUGGACAAAUUAAUAGAAAUACAACCUAAUUUGGCAGACGCUUAGUACUUAAAAGGUAUAUAAUUUUAUUAAGUAUGUAGGUUUAGCGUAUCUUGGACUCAACGAUUUAAAAAAUGCCUUGAUUUAUUGCCAAGCUGCAACCGACAUAGAUACAAAACACACCCAUGCUCUUGCAGAGAUAGGUAUGCUUAUAUCCUAUAAUAAAAUAGGAAACAUUUAUACUUUAGAGAAAAAGUAUGAUGAAGCUAUGAGCAUAUUUCAGAAACUUAUUGAUUAUAAUGAGAAAUCAUUUGAAGGAAAUUUUGGAAUGGGCUUUAUCAAUUUAAUGUUAAAUAAUUUUGAAAUUGCGGAUCCAUAUUUCUAAAAUGCUUUAAAAAUUAAAGGGCGAGAUAAAGUAGCUCUACUCAACUAUGGUAACUGGUUAAUGUAAUCAUAGGUCAUCUACUCAUAAAACAACAAAAAUUAGACUAAGGCCUACACUAUUAUGAAGAAGCUUUAAAAGCAGAUCCUAAGUAUACAGAUGCUAUAAGUGCUAUUACUAAUGUAUAUUUACGACAAAAGAAGUAUGAAUAACUUUUUGAAUUUUUGGAGAACGCUGGAGAUCAAAAAAUCACUAAAGUUAAGUCAGUUAUCCUAAAUUGUAAAAGUAAUUAACAAUUGUUAUAACUUUAGGUUAAGCUUAUUAUGGAUUGAAGCAAUUUGACAAAUCAAUGUAAUUUUGUCAAGAAGUUCUAGAGUAUGAUCCAUAAAAUAUUGAUUCUCUCUAUGGGAUUGGUAUGUGUCUUUAUCAUAGCAACCAAUUACACAAAGCUAUGACAUAUUUUAAUUAGAUUAUCCAUGAAAAUCCUUUGGAUAUUAGAACAUUAAAGAUUAUGGCAAAGAUCAGUUCAACUUUAUAGCUUUAUUACUAACUGAGCGAUUGUUGUGAUAAGAUCAUUGAAUUAGGAUUAGGAGAUCAAUCAAUUCAUUAUUAUAGAGGGUUAGCCUUGAUGAAUCAAAAGUAGUAUUCAAAGGCAAUUGAAGAUUUUAACAAAACUCUCAGUUUUGAUUCUAAGAAUAUUAUUGCCCUUAAAAAUAAAGGUAUUAAAAUAUAUUAAGAAAUAGCUUUUUGUUCAACUUAAAUUAAAGAUUUUGAUUAAGCAGUUUUGUGCUAUGAUAUAAUUAUGAAAUAGUUAAAAGAUGCUUCAGAAAAAUCUGAUUUGUUUUAUGAAAAAGGUACUUAUUAUAAAUAAUACAAUAGGUUAUUGCCAUUUACUAGGAUAAUAAUUCUUUUCUGCUAAAACAAAUUUUGAUUCUGCCAUGCAACUAAAGCCAAAAAAUGAAGAUUUAAUAUUAAAAAUCGCUAAUGCCUAUCGAGAUAAUGGUAAUUUUUAGCCUGCCACUCAUAUGUAUGAUCGAUUGAUUAAGAUGAAACCUAAUAAUCCUAUUUAUUAUACAGAAAAGGCAGAGCUAUUAAGCAAAUAAUAAAAUUAUAAGGAAGCAAAACUAAUGUACGAUUAAGCCAUAUCGUUACAAGGUGACAAUGCAUAGUACUAUAUUUAAAGAUGUAAAUAUACAUAACCAUAUUAUUAGCUAAAAUCAGAACAUUGAUUUAAGAAUUUGAUGAAGCCAUUACAGAUUUGUAAUAAGCAACUAAGAUUAAUGACAAAGAUCCUGAAUUAUUUUUUGAGCUUGGACAAUUGUUAUAUAUGAAGCAAAACUUUGAUCAAUCCAUUAUUUACUUCUCGAAAGCAAUUCAUUUGGAUGAGAAUAUUGAGAAAUACCACUUAAAAUAUGCAUAAGUGUUGCAAAUGCAAGAUUUCGACAAAGAGGCAAUUGAUCAUCUUAAGGACACUAUUGCUAAGCACUCUGAUUUCGAUAAUUGUAAGAACCUGUUGGAGAAUGUGAAUUCAAAUCCUGCUUAUUUGAGAGAAUAUUCUAAUACAUUUACUUACAUUAUGGUUUCAAUGUUUUCUGAAGGAAUGGUUAAUGAGAAUAGAUCAAUUGAUGUAGCUAGACAAGAAUCACUUAGGAUAGUUUAAGAAAAAUUGAGGAAUGUGUUUCCAAAUAUACCCAAUAUGUUUGAAAUUAUAAGAUCUUUGAUGACGAAUAAAUUUGAAUAUAAUUUAAUAAAUAGCCCAAAAGAAAUGAGAAGAAUAUUUGGUAUAUUAUUUAAAAGCAAAUUUGAAUCGUAAAACUAAAUUAUUACAGAUAUCAUUGAAGUGGCUAAAAGAAUUAGCAAAUUAAAAGAAAAUGAUUUAAAAAAUGAUGAUUAUAAUGCAGAUCAAUCAUUAUAUGAAAAAUUCUUAUCAUAGUGUUCAGAGUUUCAAAUGGGAUAGUUUUAAUGCAAAGCCUCUGUUUUAGCUCUAUAAGAUUCAGUGACCUUAUUAACUGGCAUAAUAUUAAGUUAUAAUAAAUUGGUUUAAACUCAACAGCCAUUAAAGAAUUAGAUUUAUGAGAUGAUGAAGAAUGGAAGUUUGAAUAAAUUAAAGUUAAAAUGA